GGGUUGCGACACGGCGAGUCGUGGCGACGGAAGAGCCGGGCUGCCCCGGGUUCCAAGGUUAUGCAAGGAGGGGGUGAGAAGGAGGACAGCGUCUCGCGCAGCAGCCCAGGCGGCGGAGAGUCUCGCGGCCCCUGAAAGGACUAACGCAUCCGAUGGCAGCGAGUUCUUCCGUGGGCCAAGAAUGGAACAGCAAUAAAAAGAGAGCGUAACCAUGUCAUCCUUUCAAGAAGUUCCAUCUUCAAGCAAUGCCCUGCAGACUUCAAAUUUUGCCCAUGUGAUUUUUCAAAAUGUAGCAAAAAGUUACCUUCCUAAUGUGCACCUUGAAUGCCAUUAUACACUGACGCCAUAUAUACGCCCUCACCAGAAAGAUUGGGUUGGUAUCUUCAAGGUUGGCUGGAGUACUGCACGAGACUAUUAUACAUUUCUUUGGUCACCUAUGCCUGAAAAUUAUGUGGAAGGAUCAACAGUUAAUUGUGUGCUAUCUUUUCAAGGCUAUUAUCUUCCAAAUGAUGAUGGUGAAUUUUACCAGUUCUGUUAUGUGACACAUAAGGGAGAGAUCCGUGGAGCAAGUACCCCCUUUCAGUUCCGAACAUCUUCUCCUGUUGAAGAAUUGUUAACCAUGGAAGAUGAAGGAAAUUCUGAUAUGUUAGUGGUGACGACAAAGGCUGGACUUCUUGAGUUCAAAAUUGAAAAAACUAUGAAAGAAAAAGAAGAACUAUUAAAGAUAACUGCUUCACUUGAAAAGGAAACCGUGCAACUGAGAGAUCAAGUAGAAAGACUGGAAAAAGAACUUAGCCAUGAAAAGGAAAUAUGUGAUCAACUUGAAGCCCAGCAGAAGGAUGAUUUUAAAACUGUAGAAAUACUUAAAGCUGAAAAUGAAGAACUCAAGAAAAAGCAUGAUGAGGCUACUUCAAAAGUCCUGCAGCUUGAAGAAGACAUAAUGACUGUUACUCAGAAAGCUAUUGCAAAAGAAACAGAAUUAGACAGUCUGAAAGACAAACUCAAGAAGGUAAUCCUUGAAAAGGAACAACUUGAAUGCCAGUUAAAGACAGAGAAAGAUGAGAAGGAACUCUACAAGAUACACUUGAAGAACACAGAAAUAGAAAACACCAAGUUAGCAGCAGAGGUCCAGUCACUGAAACACUUGGAUGGAAACAAAGAAAACCUGAUAGCCUUUUACAAAGAGGAGGUUGGCAGACUACAACUAUGUGUUUCUGAAAAAGAAAAGCUGAAGAAAGCUUUCUUGCUUACUUCAUCAAACAAGGAGGAGACAAGUGUUUUAAAGGAGCAGCUUCGGAAAGCUGAGGAUCAGCUUCAAGCUAGUAAACAGGAAGCUCUUUUGAUGUCUAGAGAGCUCAGUGAUGCAGUAAAUGUGCGUGAUAAAACUAUGGCAGAUCUUCAUAUUGCUCGACUGGAAAAUGAGAAGGUGAAGAAGCAACUUACUGAUGCUCUAGCUGAGCUUAAAAAAAUCACUCUAGUUAAUAAUGAACAGGAAGCAAAUGUUGUAGAGAAGGAACUGCGCAGAGAAGUAGAAGAUUUAAAGCUCCGUCUGCAGAUGGCUGCUGAUCAUUACAAGGAAAAAUUCAAAGAAUGCCAGAAACUGCAAAAACAAGUCAAUAAACUUAUUGAGCAGACAGAAAUUGCAGGUGAUCAACAGAAUUUGACAGAAGGCUCAAAAGAUGAAACUCCCAUGGUCAAGGCAGGAGAUAAAAAGCUGCCUACGUCUCCAGUUAGCCCCAUUUCAUCUGAUACAGUUUUGGAAUUUUCAGCAAAGGAGCAAGAUCAUGAAAAGAAUAAAGAAACUGCUGACAAAGAGAAAUAUAAGAAAUACAAGCAGAAGCUGUCAGAUGAGAAGUUGAAAUGCAGUGUCUAUGCUGAUGAACUGGCCAAGUUGGAGCUGAAAUGGAAGGAACAAGUGAAAAUUAGUGAAAGUGUGAAGCAACAGCUAGCUGCAGUGGAAGACCAAUAUUUAGUUCAGUUGGCAGAAAAGGACAGGCAAAUAAGUGAGCUGACAACUCAUUUGGGAAUCCUCAGCAAUGAGAAGAAUCUUGGAAGAAGACCAGAAAAUCAAGCAGAAAGAAUCACUGAAGGACAGAUUUCGCAACAAGCCUUAUAUUUUCUCAACCCAGUUCUCAAUACUGAAGAUAAUGGACAGGUUCCUGCUGUGCCAACCAGGUUACCAGUGCUGCAGUAUGGAAACCCCUAUUCAACCCAGGAAACAAGAGAUGGAGCAGAUGGUGCUUUUUGCCCUGAUGAAAUCCAGAGGCCACCUGUAAGAGCACCCUCUUGGGGACUUGAAGACAAUGUGGUGUGCAGUCAACCUGCUCGCAACCUCAGUAGGCCUGAUGGCUUAGAAGACCCCGAGGAUAGCAAUGAUGAUGAUGCAAGUGCACCUUCUGCUACGGAUCCACCAAACAUUCGUUUACAUGAACGUGGAACAGGUUUUUGUUUUGACCCCAGUUUUGUGCACAUCAAGAAGUGUCCAAUUUGUGAAAUGAUGUUUCCUCCGAACUACGAUCAGACCAAGUUUGAAGACCAUGUUGAAAGUCACUGGAAAGUGUGCCCAAUGUGCAACGAACAGUUCCCUCCUGACUAUGACCAGCAUGGCUUUGAAAGACAUGUCCAAACACACUUUGAUCCAUCAGACUGUUUGAAAUUUUGAUUAGCUUCAGGCAUUGUAUUCAGUUUAGCUUAGAUAAAAUUUGAAUGAGCAAGUUCUGUAAGACAAGAGAAUGCAGAUUUCAUAACUUGAUGCAAGCUUAUUUAAAGGCUACUUUCAGUACACAGUGUUCUGCAGUGCAGUUGAUUCAAAGUAAACCUUGGGCCUGUUAGCAAGUAUUGGGUUAACCUUCCUUGAUCUAGCAUACCCCCAAAGCUGUUGUAUUAUCUACUAAUAUUUAUUCCCUUGCUAACAAAAUGUGUCGGAACUCAGGAAAUGCACAGACUUGUUUAGAAACCUCCGAAGUCCAGUUUGUAGUAGUAGUGGCAAGUUUUACAGGAUGACAUGGUUUUGCUUCUGCUUGUGCUAAUUAAAGUAUGACUAGAUAUUUAAAAUGUUUCAUUCCAUAAUAAUGAGAUGAGGUUUCUCAGUAAUCUUGUGGAUAUUCCUUCAUAUAAUGUUUGAUUCUGAAAGUUACAUAAUUUAUCUAGUGGAAGUAUGAAAGUAUACUUCUUUCAGAAGUGUAGCUGCUUUGAAAUUACAUGCUUGUGUAAAACAUGUUUAUGGCAACAUUCACUUUUAUAUAAAUAUUUCUCUUUGCAGAUGUCAUGUACACUAAUAAUUUAUCUUUUAAAAUUUCUGCACCUAGCUCUACCAGAAAACAAUUAUAAAAAUUACUAUUUGGCUUCAUUUGUACUUGGCAGAUUUUUACCAUAUGUAUGUAGCUCCCCUCCUCCCCGCUAUGGAUCAUAUAGCAAGUUAUGUUCAUAGGGACUAAGGUUUCUAGAAUCUUCUGCGUUCUACCUUGCACAGUUUUCUCAUUAAAUUUGUGGUGUGUAUAUCUAAAACAUAUUUUUAAAGACUUCCUUAAUCUGUAGUAAUUUGAUCCUUUUGAGUAAAAUUACUCACUUUUCAUCUGUUGUACAAUAGUCAGAUUAAAGACAAAAACUAAACAUUG